AUGCUUGGCAUGGGAUGGGAUAAGCCUAAUUUAGUAGAAGGCAUGUUGUUUUUGUUGAGUGAGAAGCUUUUGGAAGGCGGAAAUUUAGGGCCCUGCACGAAAGGGUUUCUGAAAUUGAUCCGCGCUCCAUUGAACAAGACUGAAGAGCAAAAUACUCCAUUGAACAAGACUGAAGAGCAAAAUGCUGCUUCUGGCUUUUCUGGGGUUAAUUCACUUAUUAGUGGGUUACAGGGGAAGGAGAACCAAUCCCAACUGGCACAACAUGAUGAAGAAGACAGGGUUGAGUUAAACUUCACAGUGGUGGCGCCGCAAAGUGCACCUGCAAUCUUAUUUGACAAGAUUGAGCUCAGCACUGAAGAGCAAAAUACUCCAUUGAUGAACAAGACUGAAGAGCAAACUGCUCAAUCGAUGACCAAGACUGAAGAGAAAAAUACUCCAUUGAUGAAUAUGACUGAAGAGCAAAAUGCUUCAUUGAUGAACAAGACUGAAGAGCAAAGUGCUCAAUUGAUGACCAAGACUGAAGAGCAAUAUGCUCCACUGAUGAACAAGACUGAAGGGCAAACUUCUCAAUUAAUGAACAACACAGAAGUGCAAGAUGCUCCACUGAUGAACAUGACUGAAGAGCAAAAUGCUGCUUCUGGCUUUUCUGGGAUUAAUUCACAUGUUAGUGGGUUGCAGAGGAAGGAGAACGAGUCCCAGGUGGCAGAAGUGGCACAAAGUGCACCUGCAGUCUCAUUUGACAAGAUUGAAAUCAAGACUGAAGAACAAAAGGCUCCAGUACCACUGAUGAACAAAACUGAAGAUCAAAAUGCUGCAUCGAGUAAAAGGAUUGAAGUCAAAAGUAGAAGGAGGAGGAGAAAGAACAAGAAAAACAGAGGAACUUCAUUUGAUCCAAAUACUCAAGUUUCAAGUAGCGAGGUGCCCAAGAACAACAGAACAACUUCAUUUUAUCAAAAGACUCAAGUUUCAAGUAGCGAGGUGGUGCAGGCUGAAGACAAGAAAAUAAUAAUAAAAGGAGGAUGUGAUUUUAGUACAAGAGGGAGGUGGGUGUAUGAUAAGAGCUAUCCCUUGUACACAAAUAGUUCAUGUCCUUUCAUAUUUGAAGGUUUUGACUGUCAAGGAAAUGGGAGAUCAGACCAAGACUACAUGAGGUGGAGGUGGCAACCACAAGACUGUGACAUUCCAAGGUUCAAUGCAAAAAAAAUGCUGGAACUGUUGAGAGGGAAAAGGCUACUUUAUGUGGGCGAUUCCAUCAAUAGGAAUCAAUUUGAAUCCAUGGUGUGCAUGUUAGUGGGAGAUAUAAGAGAUCCAAAUAGGCCCAGAAUCAAACAUGAGAAGGGGAUGUAUAGUUUCAGCUUUGUGGAUUACAAGUGUAAAGUUGAAUUUUCCCCAUCCGUUUUCUUGGUUGAUAAAAGCAUGAAAAAAGUAGGGAAGAAGCAGGUCCCAACCUUGCGAAUUGAUUCCAUUGAUCGCAUUUCAUAUCAUUGGAGAGGAGCUGAUAUUGUGGUAUUCGACACUGAACAUUGGUGGACCGAUUCAAAAACUAACGCUGGGGUUAAUUUCUACCAGGAAGGGGACCAAAUUCAUCCAUAUCUUGAUGUUUAUACAGCCCUCAGAAAAGGUAUGAUGACCUGGGCAUCAUGGGUUGAUAAACACACUGAUCCAAGCAAAACCCAAGUUUUCUUUCGAACUUCAUCGCCAACGCAUUUCAGUGGAGGUGAAUGGAAAUUACGCCGGAGUUGUAUAGGAGCUACUGAACCCCUCCUCCGAGAUUCAGGAAUUGCAAACGAGAAAGAUAGAAUUGCAGUGGAGGUUAUAAAGCAGAUGAAAACUCGUGUGACUUUGUUGAACAUAACAAGCAUGUCAGAGUAUCGAAUAGAUGCUCAUCCAUCAGGCAUUCUUGAUUGUAGUCAUUGGUGUCUUCCUGGUCUUCCUGAUAUCUGGAAUGAAUUGUUGUAUCAUCAUUUGCUCACUAACUGACCAACCAAGACACAAAAUUCUUUUCCCAAUCGGUUUAUGUGUAUCAAACUCUUUCAAUCAUUUUAUUAUUUUCAUUAGUAAGUUCUACGGAAUUUGUUUACAGGCACCAAGCUCCUCUUAUUCUGAGAAAAAUGUAAUUGCAGAGGAGGUCAUA